CCUUGAACCUCGUCUGCACUCACGGGGCUGUGGGCUGUGACUUGCUGUUUCCUGCCACAUCCAGCUGUGAGCCAGGCUUCGAGUGGCUGCCUCUACUUACCACUUUCGUGAGCCCUGGAGGACCCCACAGUCAGGUGCAGAAAUGUCCGUGGUGUGUCUGACAGACUUUGAGGCCCUCGCGCGGGAGCGUCUGUCCAAGUCAACUUGGGAUUAUAUCGAAGGAGGAGCUGGUGAAGGCUUCACCCGGGACGACAACAUCGCAGCAUUUAAAAAAAUCCGCCUCCGGCCCCGGUAUCUGAAAGAUGUGUCGCAGGUGGACACCCGGACCACAAUCCAAGGGGAGGAGAUCAGUGCCCCCAUUUGCAUCGCACCCACCGGUUUCCACUGCCUGGCCUGGCCCGAUGGAGAGACCAGCACAGCCAGAGCUGCCCAAGCAGCCGGCAUCUGCUACAUCACCAGCACGUAUGCCAGCUGUACCCUGGAAGACAUCGUUGCCGCGGCCCCCAGAGGCUUACGGUGGUUCCAGCUCUACGUGCAGCCAGAUCGGCAGCUAAACAAACAGCUGGUCCGGAGGGUAGAAUCCUUGGGGUUCAGGGCCCUGGUGAUCACCGUGGAUGUGCCCAAACUUGGCAACAGGCGACAUGACAUUCGCAACCAACUGAACUUGAAGACAAAUUUACUGCUAAAGGAUCUUCGGUCACCUCAGGAGAGAAAUUCAAUGCCAUAUCUGCAGAUGUCUCCCAUCGACUCAUCCUUCUGCUGGGAAGAUCUCUCGUGGUUUCGGACCAUAACUCAACUGCCCAUCAUCCUUAAAGGGAUCCUGACAAAAGAGGAUGCAGAGUUAGCGGUGAAGCACAAUGUGCAGGGCAUCAUCGUUUCCAACCACGGAGGGAGGCAACUUGAUGACGUUCCUGCUUCUGUGGACGCCCUGCCGGAAGUGGUGGCUGCCGUGAAAGGGAAACUGGAGGUGUACCUGGACGGUGGGGUCCGGACAGGCAACGACGUGCUCAAGGCUCUGGCCCUGGGGGCGAAGUGCAUCUUCCUGGGGAGACCAGUCCUGUGGGGUCUUGCCUGCAAGGGUGAACAUGGUGUUGGGGAAGUUUUGAACAUUUUAAAGGAUGAGUUCCACACGUCCAUGGCCCUAACAGGAAAAGACCCUCUUUUGAGUCAUAUUUUUUGCUGCCGGUCGGUUGCUGAGAUCAAUCAGGACCUGAUCCAGUUCUCCAGGUUGUAAAGAAAGAGCUGGGGACAGGACUGCCGAGGUGGCCCACGGGAAGACCAAGCCAGAGCCCUGUGUGUGACACCAUCCUGCCCAGGCCCCAAUCCUCCUAUCCAGCGGCUCAACCACUUCACCCCACACUUACCCUCAUCUGCCUCACUGCUUGUUAUAUGCUGUUCUCUCGCCUGAAAGCCCCCUCUGAAAGAAAAGGGCGGGUCAAUGAAAACUGACUAAUGGAUGAAAUUCUUGCAUAUCCUCUACAUCUCUAUGAAACAUCUAUGGGCAUCUGCAUUCUGGACAGAAGAGCAAUACAUAUAAAGUCACCCCCCAACAAAAAUCCUCCUCCUGUCUAAAGAUAAUAGGGAAAUAAUAGAGUUUAAAACAUAGGUUGUGGGGUCAUGCAAACAAGGGAUUAACAGGGCUGCUCCUGACAAGCUGGGUGCCUGGGGGAAGUUUUUCAAUAUCUCAGUGUUUUCUUGGCCUCCCCGGGCCUCAUCCCCCAUCACCCGUUAGGAUGCAGCAUCACAUACAGUGGGGCGUGGUGCACUUCCUAGAACUUCGUUCCCUGGAAUUUUACUUCUAGAUCUCAGAACUCUGCCUCAGACACCAUUUGUGUCACGUCCACAACUUUGGUCUCAUUAUUCUCUUCACAUCAGAAAUAAGAAAAUAC